AUGGAUGCAACUACAAAGUUUGCUAUUAAUGUUACAUUGAUAAACGUUACAGAACAGGAGACGUUCAACACGACGUUAUCAAACUUUUCCGAGUGGAGUUUUCCGCCGGAUGGUUACUACAAAAACACGAGUGUGCUGCUAUGGAAGGUGAUCCCGCCGAUUCUUAUUUUAAUUGGAACGAUCGGAAACGCUAUGACUAUAUUCGUGCUGCUUCGUCAAAAGAAGAUGACGUCAACGGCGGUGUUCCUGUUUGCUCUGGCGCUUUCAGAUACAUUCAUCUUGUUUUGCGGACCCAUGCCAGACUGGCUUUUCUAUACCUGGGGCAUUGACAUCGAGUCGCUGAGUAACCCCGCGUGUAAGGCGAUACUCUACCUAGAAUACUGCAGCAUCCACCUCUCCUCGUGGCUGAUCGUGGUCGUCACGCUCGAGAGAACAGCUUGCGUGAUGUUCCCGCAUAAAAUGAGACUUGGCUGUUCCCCACGAAACGCUGGGUUGAUCAUCGUCACCAUUGUGCUAGCCGUCUUCGGAAUUAAUAUAAUACUACUCGUGAUAGUUGAUGUGAAUGAAUACACGGGCUGGACGUGCUAUCCGUCCACGAAGGAUUACUACGACCUAUUUUACUACGUUUAUGGAUGGAUCGACCUUACGUUAACUUUCGGCGCUCCGUUCCCGCUGCUACUCAUUGGCAACGUCAUCAUCGUAGUGCAGCUCGCGCGUUCCCGUUCAAGACGUCAGCGGAUGAACAUUUCCGGUCAGACGCGCGACACGCGUCCAGUGUCCAUUCUACUGAUUGGGCUGUGCGUCUUGUUCUGUGUCACGAUGUCACCAGUGUCAGUCUUUUUGUUGUAUUCCCCCUACCAGUCUGAGAAGCUCCAGGCGCUCAUGUCAGUUGAUCCUUACACGGCCUGGUACGAUACCGAGUAUUGGGCUUGA